AGAUAAGCCGCAGGCACGUCCCCCUUCGCACCCUGCCGUAAGUUAUAAACGUCCACAUCACUGCAGCCUUUUAACAGCUGCUUCACACUUACCAGAGGAAUAACUCAGGCUCUGUCUGAUUCAUGCAUGGAAAAAGGAAUGGAACAAUGUUAAGGUUUCCCAGGCUUAAUGAAUGGAUUGUGUGAGUAAUGGCUGACUGUACAUUGUAGGAGUCACGGUCUGAAAGCGGUUCAGCUGUUCAAAAAAAAACCUUCAAGCACUGAGGGUGUGUCUGGGUCACUGUACGGCAUGCAGGAUGGGCCAAACUCGCUCGGAUCUUUCGCACACCACCGCCGCCUCAGGCAGAGCGAAAUGGAAAGCAGGCGAGACAACGCAGCGACUUCGGAGCGGAGAGAAGCGACGGAGUGACCAGUUAAACAGGAAACCGAUGAAAAACAACGUGUUGUCGUGUUUGGGAAGGAGAAAGCGCGACUCCAGUCAAACAGAAGCGGAUUUAGGUAGCGGAAACGGAGCCGGAGAUCCAGCAGCGUGCCGCGAUCACAGAGUAGGAAAGUUGCCGAGGGACGAGGCUGUGUCGGCGGUUGGGGAACACCGAGCAUCCCCGGGUCGUUUUGAAACACCAUCCGGCCUAGAUGAGAGUACAGAAGCUGCCCAGCUUGCCGUGAACCGAGGUGCAACGGCUGGCCCGUCUGAUGCGCCAGGUUUGGAGAGGCGGACCGGUGAAGUCAGCGGUGCGGGCUACGAGGAGCCGAAACCCGCGCGAGAGGACAAUGCCUCGGACCCCCCGACGAAGGCCAUGGAAGAGCAGCCACUGGGGGGAAACAGCCAGGAUCGUGUUGUGUCUGAGGUUAGAGAAUUAACGGGGACUAGUCAGAGUUCAGCCCCGCUGCUCACCUCUGACCCGAACGCUGAGCGGACUUUGACCAACUCGCCCCCGGAUCAACCUUUAGAUUGUGGACUAUCGGUAACGGACGCUGAGGCAAAAAUGACAAAAACCGACUGUAGUACCGUUUCACGUCCCCCCAAAGCGGCCGGAGAUCAGAACAAAUGUUGUCCGGUUAAACCUGAGGACCGAAAAGACUCAGAUCAGGCUCCUCAUGGUCCCCAAGGAGGCCAAAGUUACCCAGGAACUAUACCGAAACUCAUCAUAACUAGGGACCCUAGCCCGACCCGCUCUCAGGGUGCACCGGGCCCGCUGAGCGCCCGAACGGAGCCGAGCACCGGCUCGUGUCUGGACCCUCACCCAGAUGACGAGUCUCCCUCGGACAGCGGCUGCGGAGGGUCCCCUGCACUGAUGCGCUCCCCGAGGAAGCUGUCCAACUCCUCCUCCAUCGGCCUGUCCUCCGCCUCGUCCUUCGAGGAGUCCGAGGACGACUUCACCGGGAGCGACAUCGAGUCCAGUUUGUCCCCGGCCCGGUCUCUGUGUAGCCCGGACGAUGGAACAGGGAAUAAGUCCUGGCAGAAACUGAAGACCAUGGUUCACUGGUCCCCCUUCGUCGUGUCCUUCAAGAAGCGUUACCCGUGGGUGCAGCUCGCAGGCCAUGCAGGUAACUUCCAGGCCGGGGAGUACGGGCGCUUGCUGAAGCGAUACUGUGAGUGCGAGCAGCAGUGCCUACAGAAGCUGAUGAAGGACACUCUGCGCCCCUAUGUGCCUGGUUACUAUGGUGUGGUACAGAGAGACGAGCAGGACUAUAACCUGAUGGAUGACCUGCUUGCUGACUUCGACUCGCCCUCCAUCAUGGACUGUAAGAUGGGCAGUAGGACAUACUUGGAGGAGGAGCUGAUAAAAGCCAGAGAGCGCCCACGCUUGCGGAAGGACAUGUAUGAGAAGAUGGUGGCGGUGGACCCCGGGGCCCCCACUGAACAGGAGAGGGCCCAGCAAGGGGUCCUCAAACCCAGAUACAUGCAGUGGAGGGAGACGCUCAGCUCCACCGCCACCCUGGGCUUCCGCAUCGAAGGCAUUAAGAAAGCUGAUGGAACUUGUAACACCAACUUUAAGAAGACAAAGUACAGGGAGCAGGUGAUGCAGGCCCUGGAGGACUUUGUAGGUGGCAACACUCAGAUUCUGAAACUGUACCUGCAGCGAUUGGAGGAACUUCGAUCAGUCCUUGAGCAGUCACAGUUCUUCAGGUCACACGAGGUCGUCGGCAGCUCCCUGCUGUUUGUGCAUGAUGCUUCGGGGAAGGCCAGAGUGUGGAUGAUCGACUUUGGGAAGACGGUUCCUCUGCCGGGCCCUCGGACCCUGGACCACAGGACUCCGUGGGUGGAGGGCAAUAGGGAGGACGGCUACCUGUGGGGACUGGACAACCUCAUAGACAUCCUCAGCAGUAUGCUCCCACAGACACCUUGAGAGGGAGACUCAGAAGACUGCAGCGAAACACUGGCCCAUGUCCAGAUGGUGGAAAACAAAACAAGAUUGGGAGAAAACAAACACUGAGACAGGCUGAGGAAGGAUCAGAAGAGUGCCCCCAGUUUGAUGACUUUUUCAAGACGCACGCCGUCAUCCAAGUGUCUUUAUCCAAUUCUACCUGUGUAGGAGAAGAUGAAUGAAGACAACUGCAGGAUCUCAAUUGCAAAGUGGAAUAUGCCGAAGGCUGACAUCAUGCAUUAUGCUCCAUUUGUUGAACUUGGGGACAGAUGACCUGCAAUGAGUGGAGGGAAAAUUUAAUGCAGAAUUGUAACUUUUGUUACAUGGACUGUGACUUAUUUACUGAGAAUACAGUCCUCUGAAUUUAUGAACCUCUGUCAGUCACUUUUUCCUGCAAAGACAUUUAAUGUUGCUCAUCUCCCUCCUCAACGUCUUCCUCUGUUGGUCAGAGGUGCACAUUCAGUAGUACUCUCAUGACCAUGAACUUGAUUCAGCGGUAUGAAAUCUUUCUACAGGGCCUUUGAGGAGCAUUGGGUUAUGGGAGUUUUAGUUUUGUCAUGGACCAUUUUUGAUGUUUAAGUAUACAGCAACACUAAAACACUGGUCAGACCACGUGUUAACUAACUCAGCGUGUAAAUACAACUUUAUUUAAGUUUUUUUUUGGCCUUGGUAUAACCUCCUUAUCACGUUUGUACAAUUGUGUGCCUCGCGUUUUUAAAGACAGAGCUGUUUGAUCAUUCCAGUGCAGUGGACUCCUGCUAUUUUUCUUCCAAAGAGUUCACCUAAGUGUAAACUGAUUUACAUCUAAUCCCAAAGUUUAACCUCUAGUAGAAAGUGUUUUCUAAAUUUGGAUUUUUGUAUGAUAAUGCAGUGACGUUCUUUUGUUUUUCUUUAACUGUAAAGUAAGCAGCUUGGCAGCCAUGUUUGUCUAGAAUUUGUUGCACUAUGGAUCCUCACAAAGCCAUUGAACAAAUCAAGCGGUGCCUCUGUGUGUCUUAAGGUGGGAAGCAGCAGUCAAGUACUGGGUUUACAGAUGCAGACGUUUAGGAGUUUAACAUGAAUUGAAUUGGUUGUUAGUACCACUUCUCUUUGGUCAGUGCUUUGGAUUUGCAGGGAGUUUUACAGUGAAGCAGUAGCGUGAUGGGUGAAAUGAAACUGGAUUUGCCUGAUUAAACGUUUGUGAGGUUUCUCUUGUGUAUCAAGUCACACGCAAUCUUGAAACUGGAAAUUUUGAAUGUGUGUUACGAUUCAAAGGAUGACACAUAAUCAAAUACAAGAAUAUCGCUUUUAAACACAAGGAUGUUGCUGUAAACCUCAUUCGGCUACACUAAAGAGGUUUGUGGGUUUGAUGUUGUGUCUGGUGGAUGGAGAGUUUACAAAGAAACAACAUUGUUAUUAUAUCUUAGCUGUUAAGUCAGUGUCAUUCCUUGACUGGAAUGCAGCACUUCGGUGAACAUAACAGCCUCGAGUCUUCCAGUUGUCCUCUGACAGUGUCAGGCAGCACUGUUUGGGUGUGUGUGAGUGGACGGUUCACUCAGCACACAAAUGUUUUGUACAAGUGUUGCAGAUAGCUGACGUCAUGAAAUUGGAACUCAAUUCAGGCAUUCAGUUUUUCCAUUUCUGAAAAGUAAACCUACUGGAAGCGAGCGAUAGUACAGUGUUUACAAAGUAUUGUAUUUCUUUGCCCACAAAUCCUCUAUAUUUAUAAAAUGGCAAACUAUCAGGUUUUCAAACUGGGUGCUGCUUUAUAAGUAAGAAAACUGGAUUCAUAACCACAUUUUGUAUUUUUAAAGGCAGUGUAUUUUAGAAUCGCAAAACAGACAGACUGGUGAAAAUUAUUAUUAAUUCCCUGCUUUGUCCAGGUCAUGGAUUGCAAUAAACUGGAAAUAAGA